GCGCCGGCUCGUCCCCGGGGCUCAUGGCGGGUUCUGCCGCUCUGGAUGUGUCCCGAAACGGGCUGGUGGUGAGGGGCGGCAGCCGAUUUCUGGCAACAGGUACAGACUGCAGUGAUGAUGACAGCUUCUUUAUAUAUGACUGCAGCAAGGCAGAAAAGAAGCCACAAGAGGAUAAAGGAGAGGAAGGACAGACAUUGUACAAAGGAAGUGAUAACAUCCUAGCUUCUACCUUCUCAAGAUCUGGCAACUAUUUUGCUUUGACUGAUGACAAUAAACGUCUGAUUCUUUUCUGUACAAAACCUUGGAAGUGUGUGAGUAUCAGGACAGUGGUGAGAAGAUGUACCUCUUUGACAUUUACAGCUACAGAUGAGAAGAUUUUGGUGGCAGACAAGUCUGGAGAUGUAUAUUCAUUUUCAGUAUUGGCACCACAUCAGGGUGGAAAACUUGAACUUGGACACCUGUCUAUGUUGUUGGAUGUGGCCAUGAGUCCUGAUGACCGUUAUAUUCUCACAGCUGACAGAGAUGAGAAAAUCCGUGUUAGUUUGUUUGCAGCACCACACAACAUAGAAUCUUUCUGCUUGGGUCAUACUGAGUUUGUGAGCAGAAUAUUCGUGGUGCCAAACCAUCCAGAUCUGUUAUUAUCUACCUCAGGGGACUGUACUCUGAGACUCUGGGAAUACAAAAUUGGAAAAGAAUUGCAGUGCUAUCAUCUCAACAAACUGAGAAGUCCUGAGGCAACCUCAUGUGAGAAGAUAUUUGCAGUGUCAAGGAUAACUUACUAUUGCCAAGAAAACUACAUUGCGAUUUUAUGUGACUGUAUUCCUGUAAUCUACAUCUUCCAACUUGAUGACACCAAGAAACAGUUGAUAUACAAACGACACCUUACCUUUAAUCACAGAGUGUGGGACAUUGCUUUUGAGGAAACGCAAGGGCUUUGGGUUUUACAAGAAUGUAGAGAAAUGCCAGUUUUGCUCUAUCACCUUGAGAAUGGAGAGUGGCAGCCUGUUUCUAAAAAUGAGGUGUUAAAGAAAAUCUCCAGUAAUCUACAUGAGAACUGGACCAUGGUGGAAGGUGGAUCCCCUGGUAUGGAUGACAGCUUUAGCAGUCUCUACAAGACCACAUUUGAUAACAUGACUAAUUACUUGAAGAAAAAAGAAGAAAGAGUACAGCAGCAAUUGGAGAAAAAGAAGAGAAGGAAGAAUCCUUGACUUGGUCUUAAGAGGCAAACAAAAAAGCAAUGAAAGACACCCAUGUGACAGUUAUUUCUCUAGUUGUUUGAAGGUCAUAGAGCAUAGAUUUAAAGCUUGAGUACCUUAGGGGUCAUCUAUUCCAUCCUUCUUAUUUUAUAGAUCAGAAAAUAGGUUCAGAGAAGUUUUGACUUGUCCAGGUUCACACAGGUAGAAAGUAAGAGUUGAGAUUUGAAAACUAGUUCGGUAAAUCUAGUACCUGGUAAAAAUUCAUGGGGGCAAAAAUCACAUUAUCCAUUGCCUUACUCUUCUUUCUCCCAUUAUAUUUGAAAAAGGAAAUGGUGUGAACUGUUUGCAUCUCCUAAACUUGGUGGUGGUUAGUGCUGUUCAGAUCUAGGAAGGCACUUGAAUCAAGCUGUUUGGGGUAAAAUGGCAGUAUCCUUUGUUAAGAGGAAAUGAUAUUGUACCUAUGGUCCUUUAUUGUAUAUAUACUUUAUCCUCCAAUUGAGGGAAGAAAUAGAGUUUGUAAAUUUAACUGAAGAUGUUAUAAAUAAUUGUAGUAGGAAUACAAGGCCUGUUAUCUUCUUUUUUGAAGGUAGUAAUCUGGGACCCCUUGCUUCUCACCAGGUUAGAUGUGCUAUUUUAAGUCAUCACCUGUUAAAAACCUCAAUCUCCUGAACUCCCACCAGUAUAUCUCAGAGCCAGACCAUGUAAGAUGCACAAAUUUCAAAGUGGAGGCAUUAAAUGAAAAUAGUAAGAUAAAUAAUGAGGAAUUGAAUGAAAUGUUCAUUUUUUAAAUUUCAAAAUAUAUUUUUUGACAUAUCACUAAUUCGUUUAUUUGAGAGACUGAUAUGACCGAUCACCUUUACCUUAAAUAUUAUUUUAGAUAUUGGUAAUUCAUUUUAUAUGUCUAAAGAGAUCUUCUGUGCCGAGUGGUGAAAAGUAAGGAUAAAUUGAUCCUUUUUUUCUGAACUUGACAAACAUGUACAAAUAGAUGUUUCUAUAAAAAAGCAAAAAGCGGGUUGCAUGCAAAACUGCAUGUUUCCAUUAUAUGCAGUUUGCAUUUCUUUUAAAAAUAAUAAAUACAACAUUAGUUUCAAAACUG